UGUCUGUUUUAUCUCUUGUCAUGAUUCAGGAUGUCCUGGUGGACCAGGUGCCAGAUGUUCAGAGACCCUGGAUAAAGAAGUUGUUUGGCUUUACUGUGCUCAAACCCACUGAAAGGUAUGGCCAUGUUCUGUGUGGCUGGAUUGCUGGGCAUGAGUCCGAGUAUAUGGAGACGCUGUCUGAACAGGAGGUCACACAGGCCAUCACACAGCUUAUUCGUAGGUUUACAGGUAACCCUGUCAUCACCCCGAGGAGAAUCCUGCGUUCCCAGUGGUUUCAUGACCCCUGGACACAUGGAUCCUACAGUUACCUUGGAAAAGGCUGCUCAGCACAGGACUUGGAGAACAUGGUGGAGCCCCUGCCUACGAAGGGAUCACAGUCACAACCCCUACAGGUGUUGUUUGCUGGAGAGGCUACUCAUCCCUCCUUCUUCUCUACCGUCCAUGGAGCUCUGCUCACAGGGUGGAGAGAAGCCGAUCGACUCAUCUCUCACUACUCCUCCGUUGGUCCCUCUCAGCCAGCCACGUCAAAACUUUAA